CAAUUUUUUAACAGUUUGGAUCAGAGAUCGCUUUCAACUCAGUCUCCAAAGUCCAAAACUUAGAUAAAAAAUUGGAAAAAUAAACACAAUAAAGAAAAAAAUAUAUUCAUGGAAGUUCUAAAAAUAAUGAUAUGAUCCAAAAGAGAAGGGAGGGGAGGGGGAGAGGAGAGCAUAAAAUCUAGGUAUAUAUAUAUAUAAGAGUAUAAAUCUUCAGCAAUCUGAUAUCCAGCGAUGCAAUAAUUAGUGGAGAUGCAGGCAGCAGCUUAAUAUAUAUUAAAAGGAGAGAGAUCUCUGAUUUCAUCUCAUAUCAUCACCAGCAUCAUAUCUGUAUGCGCAGUGAUCCGUCACAAAGUUCGGUUUGCAGAUUCAGCUAUAGCUUUGGUAGCUGAGAGCUAGGUUUUGGGAUUUGCAAAGCAAGAUUUCUCUCUCUCUCUCUCUCUGGUAUAUAGAAUUGUUCAUCAUAGGAAUUAAUUAAGAAAUGGGAAGUAGUUAUUUUGGGGAGCCAAACAUGGGAAAUGAAAGAUCAUCAUCAUCAUCAUCAUCAUCAAGGAAAGGGAAGAAAGGCAGUAAUUCAGAUAAACCAAAGCAACCCCAGAGAGGGCUUGGCGUUGCUCAGUUGGAGAAAAUCAGAUUACACAGCCAAAUGGGUUGCUCUUACCUCCCUUCCCACCUUCAGUACCCUCCUUACCCUACAACCAAUCUCAACCAGGAGGAUAUAAUGAGAAUGCACAGUAGCACAGCGUAUUCAUCAGUGCCGUCUUCAUCUUGUUUCUCAUAUUCAUCAUCAUCAUCAUCUACAUCCUCUUACGUCUUCCAACCCAACAUGAUGAUGGGAAUGGGUGAACUGGAAAGAUCGAAUAACAGAUAUGGUACUGCUAAUUCCCAACCUAGUCCUACACCGAGAUGGAAUCCUGGCAAUGGCAUCUUGGAGACCCAACAUUUUGCACAACCCAACAUGACAAGACACUUUUUGAACGUUCAUGAAGAGGAUUCACUACAAAAAAAGAGAAAGAAAGAUAAGGGUAAUUCAAAGGGAUCAAGUAGUCAGAAUUCAGAAUCGAGCGACUCUCAAGAAGUAGAUUUGGAGCUCAGAUUGUCACUUUAAUCCGCAGUUAAUUUUCUGCCAUCCAAAAGCAUGGAUUUGGCUUUUAUGCUUUUAUUUACAUAUGAUAUUUGUAAAAUCUCAACAUAACUUGGUUGGAUUUGAAACAUUGCACAAGUUGAUCAACUUGAGAAAUGUAUGCGUGUUAAGCUAGAUCAAUGCAUCUGCAUUUGUGAUUUGAACGAUCUUUUGUUAAUGAAAGGGAAAUUAACUUUUCGCUAAA